CAGGUUGGUGAGAUCUUCACUGCUGCUGGAUCAGCAUUUCAGAAGUUGGGAGAACUGGCCAUGCAGUUGCACACCAGUGCUGAUGGACCCAAUCCUGGAGGCAAGUGGACUGACAAAGAAAUCGAAAUGCUGAGGCACGCCGUGAACCGCUUUAGCCACGAUCUGAACCACAUCAGUGAAAUCAUCCGGGAGAAGACAGUAAGCCAAAUGCGAUCCAGCCUGAAAAAGAAGCAACAGCAGCAAGGUUCCCAUGUUGCUGGAUCUCUCCAGUCACCACAACAGCAGGCAGUGAUGCCAGUCCCCUUCUCGAUGGAGGAGCCGACGAGCGAAGAGGUGGUCGAUGAUGGUACGGUUCCCACAAUCAAGGGUGAGGUCACCCUCAAUGAACUGAAUGCCGUUGAGGAGGAGGUUAUCACUGACAGCAUGGACCUCCAGUUCGCCACCACGGAAGAGGUGGUCACCUCGUUCAAAGUUGGCUUCAUCUACCAGUCGUACACCUCCACGAUGGGACACCUGUUGAAGCGGCAGUGCAAGUUCGUGGUGAUGCAGCGCAUCCAGCGGGCCCAACGCAUCGCCCUCCUGUACUCCCGCAUCUGGAACGAGGCGGCGGUUCGAAAGAUGGUGCAGCGGUGGAACACUCGGCGAUGGCGGAACCGAUUCAUGCUCGGGGCGGGGUUGGUUGCCAAGUUCACCUGGAACGAGGAACGGAUUCCGUUGUCGUUCAUGGAGCCGCCGUUUCUGGAGCGUGCACAUGUCACCGUCUGGCGGAAGCCGUACCGCGGAAACAUUUAUGAAUACAAGGUUCAUGGUGGCUAUGCUGAUGUAAGCGCCAAGAGUUUCUCUGUUGCUAUGUUAGACAUGGAUUUCCGGUCGCAAUGGGACGUAUCUGCCAUCGACUUGACCACUGUUGACGAAGAUCCUGACUCCAAUGCCAUCAUUCUCUAUUCGGUGAUGAAGUAUCCCUUUCCGCUGACUCAUCGUGACUAUGUCUUCAAGCGAUCUCACUGGUUCUUUCCGGAGAAGAAGACCUUGGUCCUGGUGAACCAGUCCACAACGCAUCCAAAGUGUCCCUCGAACAAUUCAUACAUGCGUAUUGCUGCGUAUCAAUCGGUGAUGACCAUCCGGGCCUGCGGUCCCAGCUUCGAACAGCCCACCAUGGAGUUCACGCUGCAUUACUAUGACGAUCCAGGCGUUCAGCUUCCCACUGCGUUUGUCUCUUAUGUCUCCAUGUUUGGCUUCCAGUCAUAUCUGAGUGCCAUGUAUGAGGCAGCUCUGAAGGUUGAACGGGGUCAGCACAUCAGUAAGAUCAACGAUCUGCUCUACAAGGAAAAGUCGCUUGCCACUCGCUUGGAGAAUCUCACCCCAAAGAAGAAAGGUAGCGAAAGAUGA